AUGUUGUGUGUUUGGGGGCUUGGUUGUAUGUUGUAUUUUUUAAUUGUGGGUUUUUUGGUUGGGGUUGGUUGGUUUUGGGUUGUUUUUGUUUUGUGUGUGUUGGUUGGGGUGUAUGUGUGGGUGGGGUGUGUGGGGUAUUGGGGGGGUGGUGGGUUGUGGGGUUGGGGUUGGGGGUUGUUGGGGGUUUGGGUGGUGGUGUGGUGGGGGGUGGGUGUGGGGUGGUGGGUGGGGGGGGGGGGGGUUGGGGUGGGGGUAGGGGGGUGUUUUGUGGGGGUGGGGGGGGGUGGGUGGUUUUUGGGGGGUGUGUGUGUGUGGGGGGUGGUGUGGGGGGGGGGGGGGGGGGUGGGGGGGUGGUGUGGGGGGGGGGUGGGGUGGGGGGUUGGGUGGGGUGGGUGGGGGGGGGGUUGGGUGGGUGGUUGGGGGGGGGUUUGGGGGGUGGGUGUGGGGGUGGUGGGUUGGGGGGGUUGGGGUUGGGGUGUGGGGGGUGUUGUGGUUGGUUGGGGUUGUUGGGGGUUGGUGGGGGGGGGGGUGGGUGGGGGGGGUGGGGUGGGGGUUGGGGUUGGUGGGGUGGGUUUGUGGGGUGGGGGGGGUGUGUUUGGGGGUGGGUGGUAUAUAUAUGGGGGGGGGGGUGUUGAGGUUGUGUAUGGGUGGGGUGGUGGGGGUGUUGGUGUUGGGUUUGUGUGGUUGGUUUGUGUGGGGUGUGUGUUUGUUUUUGUGUGGGGGGGGUGGUGUUUUGUUUUGGUUUUUGUGGGUGGUGGGGUUUGUUUGGAGAGUGAGUGGACUUGGUUUUGGGGUGGGGGUGUGGGUUGUGUGAUUGUGUUGGUGGGGUGUUGUUGGUGGGUGGGUUGGUUUGGUGGUGGGUGGUGGUGGUUGUGUGUGGUGGUUGUUGUGAGGUGGUUGUGGGGGUUGUGUGUGUGUUGGGGGUUGGGGGGUUGGUGGGGGGGUGGGGGGUUGGUGUUGUGGGGGUGGUUGGUGGGGUGGGGUGGGGGGGGGGUUGGUGUGGGGUUGGUGGGUUGUGGGUUUGUGGGGGGUUUGGGGUGGGGGUGGGUGGGGGGGUUGUGGGUGUGUGGGGGGUGGGGGGGGGGUUUUGGGGGGUGUUUUUUGGUGGGUGGUGGGGGGGGGUGGUUGUGUUUGGGGGGUGGGGGGGGGUGGGGUGGGGGGGGGGGGGGGUGGGGGGUGGUGGUGGGGGGGGGGGGGGGGGUGGGGGGGGGGGUGGGGGGGGGGGGGGGUUGUGGGUGGGGGGGGUUGUGGUGGGGGGGGGGGGUUUGGGGGUUGGGGGGGGGGGGUGGGGGGGGGGGGGGUGGUGGGGUGGGGUGGGGUAUGGGGGUGGGGGUGGGGGGGGGGGGGGGGGGGGGGGGUGGGGGGGGGUGGGUGUGGGUUUGGAGGGGGGGGGGUAAUUGGGUAUGGGUGUGGGGGUUGGGGGGGGGGGUGGGGGGUUGUGGGGGGGGUGGUGGGUGGGGGGUGUUGGGUGGGUUGUGGUGGGGGGGGGUGGUGGGGGGGGGGGGGGGGGGUGGGUGGGGUGUGUGUGUGGGGGGGGGGUGGGGGUGUGGGUGUUGGGGGGGGGGGGGGUGGGGGGGGGGGGUGGGGGGUGGGGUGGGGUGGUGUGGUGUGUGGGGGGGGGUGUGGGGGGGGUGGGGGUGGGUGGGGGGGUGGGGUGGGUUUGUGGUGGGGGGGUGGGUGGUGGUUUUGGGGGUGUUGGGUGGUGGGGUGGGUGGGGGUGGGGGGUGGGGUGGGUGGGUGGGGUUGGUGGGGGGGGGUGGGUGGGGUGGUGGGGGGGGUUGGGGUGGGUGGAGGAUGAGUUGGUGGGGUGUUAGUGGGGGGGGGGUGGGGGGGGUUGGGGUUUGUUGUGGGUGGUUGGGGGGGGUUGUGGGUGGGGUGGGGGGUGGGGGGGGGGGUGGGGGGGUGGGGGUGUUUGUGUGUGUGUGUUGUUGGUGUGUUGUGUUGUGUGUGUGUUGUGUGUUGGGGGGUGGGUGUGUGGUGGGUUGUGUUGUUGUGGUUGGUGGGGGGUGGUGUGUUUGUGAUGGGGUUGUAUGGUGGUGUGGUGUGGGGGUGUUUGGGGGUGUAGUUUUUGGUGUUUUGUGGUUGGGGGUAUAUGGAUGUGGGGGUGGGGGGGGUGGGGGGUUGGGUGGGGGGGGGGGGGGUGGUGGGGGGGGUGGUGUGGGGGGGGGGGGGUUGUGUGGGUGUGGGGGUGGGGGGGGGGUGGGGUGUUGGGGGUUGUGGUGUGGUGGGUGGGGGUGGGUGGGGGGGGUGGGUGGGGGGGUGGUGGGGGGGGUUGGGGGGUUGGGUGGGGGGGGGGGGGGGGGGGGGUGGGUUGGGGGGUGGGUGGGGGGGGGGGGUUGUGGUGGGGGGGGUGUGGUGGGGGGGGGUGGGGUGGGGGGGGGGGGGGGUUGGAGGGGGUGGGGGGGGGUUGUGGGGGGGGGGUGGGGGGGGGGGUGGGUGGGGGGGUGGGUGGGGGGGUGGUGGGGGUUGUGGGGGGGUUGGUGGGGGGUUGGUGGGGGGGGUGGGUGGGGGGGGGGGGUGGGGGGGGGGGGGGGGGGGGUGGGGGGUGGUGGGGGGGGGUGGUGGGGGGGGGGGGGGGGUGGGGGGGUGGGGGGGUGGUGGGGGGUGGUGGGGGGGUGUGGUGGGGGUGGGUGUGUGGGGGUGGUGGGGGGGGUUGUGGGAUGGGUGGGUGGUGUGGGGGGGGGUUUGGUGGGGGUGGGGGGUUGGGUGGGGGGGGGUGGUGGGGGGUGGGGUGGUGGUGGGGGGGGGUGGUGGGGGUGGUGGGUGGGGGGGGGGGGGGGGGGGGGUGUGGGGUGGGGGGUGGGGUGUUGGGGUGGGGGGGGGGGUGGGGGGGUGUUUGGGGGUUUUGUGUGUGUUGGGGGGGGGGGUGGGUGGGGGGGGGGGGGGGGGGGGGGUGGGGGGGGGGGGGGGGGGGGGGGGGGGGGGGGGGGGUGGGGGGUGGGUGGGGGGGGGGGGGGUGGUGGUGGGUGGGGGGGUGUGGGGUGGGUGUGGGGGGGGGGGGUGGGGUGGUGGGGGGGUGGAUUGGUGGGUGUGGGUGUGUUGUGUGGUUGGUUGGGUGGGGUGGGGUGUAGUGGGGGGGGGGGGGGGUGGGGGGGGGGGGUGGGGGGGUGGGGUUGGGGGGGUGGGGGUUGUUGGGGGUGGGGGGGGGUGUGGGUGGGGGGGGGGGGGGGGGGGGGGGGUUUUGGGGUGUGGGGGGGGGGGGGGGGGGGGGGGUGGGGGUUGGGGGGGUGUUGGGUGUGGGUGUGUGUGUGGGGAUUUGUGGUGUGGGGUGUGUGUUUGUUUUGUGUGGGGGGUUGUUGGGGGGUUGUUUUUAUUGGGGUGGGUGUUGAUGGUAAUUUGGUUUUUGUUGGGUGGUGGGGGGGUGUUUGUUUGGUUUGGGGGUGUUUGGGAGAUUUAUGGGAAUGUUGGGGGGGUGGUGGGGGGGUUGUGGGUGUAGGUGGUGUUGUGUGUGUUGGUUGGGGUGUUUGUGGGUGGGUGUGGGGGGGGGGGGUGGGGGGGGGGUGGGGGGGGGGGGGGGGGGGUGUUGGGGUGGGGGUGUUGGGUGGUGGGUGGGGGGUUUGGUGGGGUGGGUGUGGGGGGGGUGUUGGUGGGGGGGGGUGGGGGGGUGGGGGGGUUGGGGUUUGUGUUGGGGGGGUUGGUUGGUUGGGGUGGUGGGGUUGGGGUGGGGGGGGUGGGGUGGGGGGGGGGGGGGGGGUGGGGGGGGUGGGGGGGGGGUGGGGGGUGGGGGGUGUGUGUGGGGGGGGUGGGGGUUGUGGUGGGUGGGGGUGGGGUGGGGGGGGGGUGGGGGUGGGGGGGUGGUUGGGGGGUGUGGGGGGUUGUGGGGUUGGUGGGGGGGGGUGGGUGGGGGGGGGGGUUGUGGGGGGGUGUGAGGGGGGGGGGGUGGUGGGUUUGGGGGGGGUGGGGUUUGGUGGGGUUUGGUGGGUUUGGGUGGGUGUGUGGUGGGGGGGUGGGGUGGUGGGGGGGGGUGGGGUGUGGGGAGGGGGAUUGUGUCCCACUUGUUGUUGA